AUGCCUCAAAUUCCUGGAGCGUCCCAAUCAAGUGGGGAAAUAUCCCAUACCCUUUCCGUUUCCGGUAGAUCAAGAAGGGGAGACCCAUUUCCAACACAAGCGAUUCUACCAGCUAUUGUAGAUUGCCCGGAGAGAACACGCGAAGGUUCAGAGGGCCGGAAUUCCAGUUUCUCCAAUUCUUCUAGAAUAGUAUUGACUCCAGUGUCUGGACUAGGAUCCUCGUCAUCCUCAAGUUCAGCGGAGGCCCUCCCAGUUCAACCCGACUCGAGGCGACGAACUAGAGACAGUGUACCCAUAGAUCAAAGAUUAUCUAUUAGGGAGUCUAGACCAUCAUUGAUUUCUCCAGUCUCCAGCCUAGUAAACAUCACAAGAUUACUUCGCUCCAACCCUGGAUCGCCUGUUCCCUUCAGCGAACCAGCAGCGCCAUCACCAUAUUCCUCACCAGAGAACUCAAGCUCUUCUAUUCUCCCAGACUUUGGCGCAAUCUCUGAUACACUAUUCUGGCAUUUGUUACUAGAGAAAUAUUGGCAUAUUGAAGAAUUUCCUCCAGGGUCACUCGUUUCCAACAUCCAAAACGAUCUCUUCAGCGGCGCUAUCCAGCAAACCAUAAUCAAAAUUGAUCAAGCUCUAAGAUCACCACUGCGCCGUCGGUCCAUCAAAUCUAAAACUAUUUCCUUUUUUACAAUGGGGUAUUUCUCAGACUCAUCGCGAGUCCCUCGCCACGAGGUCACUCAGCGGAUCAAUCUCCAUCUUCUACGCUGUGCAGCACUGCUUGCUUAUGAUCAGCCAGAAAAGGGCUUGUAUGAUGCAGAAGCAGCGCGGAGUACCGCAGAGGAUGAAGCGGUUUAUUACUUGCAGUGCAAGAGUCAACUGUACCGGGGCCUGUGCUUGAGAAAAUUAGCAAGGUGGGAGGAAGCUAGUGCUGCGUUCACCAGAGCAGCCAAUAUUAGAGGCUGGGCAACUAGGGUAGAGGAGUUGAAGAGGGAGGCAGAGAACAUGAUUGCUGAGCAACGAAUGGGACGAUCUAGGAGAAUUGCAUCCGGAAGACAGUAA